AUGGCACCCGCACCACCCCCACAAACAAGCGCCUCAAGCCUCCUCAACCCACCUGCAUCCAUCACAACACUCCUCCCCCUCACCAUCGCCAAAGCCAUCGAAACCGCCUCCGCCACCAGAAUCCCCUCUAUCGAGAUCCUCCCUCCAAAAUCCACUUCCGCCCCCAAAGGCAUCCCCACCUCCACACUCUCCACCUCCAUCAUAUCCAAACCCAGUUCUACCAUCUCUAGCAGCGCUACCGCAUCAGCAACAUCUACCGCUGAUAAAGGAGUAUUUACUCGUCCUUCUGGGAGUCUUACUGCGAUCAUCACGGUGAUUAUCGUAGCGGUUUUUGUGGCGUAUUGUGUGAUUAGGUGUUGUAUUUGUAAGAGUAUGCGGAAGAGGAAGGAGAGGAAGGAGUUGGAGAGGGAGAGGGGGGAUUUGGAGCGGGAAAGGGUGAGGCAGAUGAGGGAGAGGGAGGCGAUUGAGAUGGCGGGGAGGAUGAGGGAGAGGAGUAGGGAGAGGAUGAGGAAGGAUGGCUGGGAGGAUGUGCUUUUGCAUGGGAGACAUGUUGGUUAG